AUGCCUUCACCACCCAGUCGGACAAUCGUCCUCAAGCUCUCGUCCUCCUUACUCAGCCGCUUCCCUCACAAAAGUCCAUCUAUUGACGAGAAAGACGUCAAAAUCAAAGACGCCUCUUCACCACCGUCGUCUGCCAGUGGAGAAGCCGGUCUUCAAGCUUCAUCUUUCGAUGCAGCUUCCGACGCAGCCUCGACACCUGCGCCUGCAGCUGCGGAUGGAGGUAAAGCGAAGAAGAACGGCGCUGCGAGCUCGAGGGGUACCAAGCGAACUCUCGAUAAGACCGGUGAUCCGACUAGUGCUAGCAAACCACGCAGCAGGCCUAGUGCUGCUAAGAAGCGAUUGAAAUUGGAUGAUAAACCCCUCGACAGCACCAAACUCGCUCCCUCAGGCCACAAACUAGGCCCCAAAGCCAACCAAGGCGCCAUCAACGCUGGUCUUCGCGCCCUCGAUCGCAGCGGAGCACCCUGUCGCAAAUGGGAACGCAAACCAUUCCAACUCAAGAGUUUCACCGGCGUCGUCUGGGGAUUGUCCAGUUGGCAUACACCCAAACCCGCCACCCAGCAACAAACGACGGGCGAGUCGAGCGGCGCCGAAGAAGUCAAUGGCGUUACCCCCGCUGCUGUCAACGGGGACACUGACAGUGUCGGCAAGGCGAAUCCGCUGAGUAGUGCUGUGCCGAGCGAGAAGAGUAAUGUCGGUGAGGGAGAUGUCUCGUCUCUGCCUCCUAGUACGGCACAAUCUCCGGCGCCAGCUAUUGCCAUGACUGCAUAACUGAUGUUGUCAGACAUUUCAUCUGGCGCUGGGUUCCGCUGGAUGAUUCUUUCUUUCUUUUUUUUUAAUAUUUGUUCUUGUACAUUAUU